UCGUUAUUGUAGAAAACAUGCCAAGACGAGAUGAUCCUUGCAAACGAUCUCAGAAGAGUUCCUCGAGCUACCAGGAGGAGGGAGGAUACCAGGGCCGCCAAGAACACCUUGGACAAGUUUGAUACCACCAGGGUGAGAAACAUGGUUAACCAUAAAGUAGACAUUGACACUGUUCAGCUCGGUCCUUCAAUUGGUAGAGGAGGAGGUGGGUUCGGAACCUGGGGUAAGGGAUCUGCAGGACCCAAGAGCAGUAGACAUGAGGACAAUACAAUGCAGAAGAAUAGGUUUGCAAGUCUCUCCAGUGAUUCCAACCCCGCUUACGAGGGUAGAACUAGCGGAGGUUACUCUUCCAGCCGGUCUGGAUCUAGACCAGGUUCCUAUGUUGGUCGUGGGAGUCGAGGUCAGUCAGUGGAUAAUGACAAGGCCACAUUGUUGCAGGCUGUGAAGGAAAUGAAUCCUGGUGGCGGGAGAUCUACGAGUACGAUCUUACUCCGGGAUUCAGAGCGUGGAUCUGUUGUUACUGAAUCUGCCAGUAUGAUGGCUCCUCUAGUUUCCUCUUCAUCUGAAAGCCUUCUGCGUGGUAAAUCAACGGAGUCCGGAGGAAACCUUUAAAAAUUAUCUUAGCCAGGCUUAAAAUACAACUGUUUCAUUAGAUCUU